AUAGGUUAUAUCUUAUGUCAUUUAUAUAGCGUUAUUUCUUGAGGUGCGUUUUAAUGUUAAUAAAUUUAUGGUUAUAAGAAAUAUUAUUUCAAUUCAAGAUUUUAUCACUUUAUAAAAUGUGAUUUUAUAUUACUUUAAUCAACAGAAACCAAAAAAACGCGCUUAUUUGACAAAACUGUCAGACAGUUUUAUUUGGAGGUUAUAAUUUAGUAUCAACAUUAGAAAAGUUUACAAUUAUUAAAAUUAUACAUCGAAAAUGCGAAACACAUUUUUUCUUCCAAAUUUAGAUCAACUUUUUGAUGUUUCCGGCAUCUCGUGUGAUAAAAUUGUUGUCGUUUCAAUAAUUGGAAAAUCUUCCUACAACUCUUUGGGAUUAAAAGUUAAAUCAAUUGGACGGGUGAUUUCUUCUAAGGAAUAUGCUAAUGGACAAGAGUGUGUUAUCGAGGGUUCUUAUGAUGAAGAAAAUCAAAUAGUUUACCUGCAUAUGUGUACUCCCCUGGAUGCAGAUUAUUUUGUAAAGGAAUAUUCUAAUAUAUCAAAGAAAUGUGAAAUAUUGUGCGGCUGUGAUGAUUUCUUAGCAGUAUAUGAUGAAAUUAAAAGUAUAUUUGCUAGAUAUUUAGUUCUGCUGUUUCACAUUAGUCACAUUGUUAUAUUAUCUCAUCCAGUAUGCAAUGUAGAUACCAAUUAUAUUCAGUAUUUUAAAGCUGUAGAUUUAUUGAGUCAAAAAGUAUUCGAGAAGAUAGUGGAUAUUUUAAAAUCUAUAGAUACAAUAAGUCAAGAAUGGGUAUCUGCUGGUAGAUUCUGUACUCCUAGGUUAAUAUUCUAUUUUGAAAAAUGUCCUUCAAACAUUACCAAUAUCAAAAAAUUAGAACAUAAUUUGGAAGACAAAAUUUAUUUUGUACUAAAGAAAACUAGGAUUAUAAGCACUUCAGGGUGUUCCUUGUUUUCGAUUCCACCCAAUAACGAAUUUGUCUAUAUAGAAGAGGAAUUAGGACCUUAUGAUAAACUAGGAAAUAUGGUUAGAAACCUCCUAAUGGAUUGUCAACCUGGCGGCGCUUUGCAACUCGAAGUUCCAUAUUCUAGUCAGCCAAAUGGAGGUAAAAAUUUCAAAAAAUUCAUGCACGUACACAUACAACAAGCAAGAACUAAAGGUUUUGACGAUACAGUCAGUUCUGGCAGACAUCAGCAUUCACAAAAUACUCAUUUUGAGCUUCCAGUCUUGAAACAAUGGAUAGAAGCUACAAAAGCAAUUUACAAAUUCAUGUCAAAAUGUAAAUUAGUGAAUUCGCUAUGUACUGAUACUCGUUUUUCAGAACAACGUUGUUUGAAAGUCCUUCCGCUAGCACUAGCACGAUAUCAAGAAGGCUUACCAUCUCAUUAUGCCAAAGCAGAACAUAAAGCUCGAUUGUCAGUGGCAUUGUCUUUAUUUAAAGCACAAGCACGUGGUCCUGUUUUUGACAGAUAUGCUGCACAGCUAGAAAUGGAUUGUAAAAUUCAUUGGAAAAAUGGUAGGCAGCAGUGCGAAGUUGCUUCUCUAACUGGUAAUCCCUGUAAACUCAUAAAACAUUCCAGUGAUCAGGAACAUAUGAGUGGAUUCAUAUAUAAAGCUAUUUGUGAUUGUGGUCGCAAAGUAGGGGCCCGUGAAGAUCCUUAUAAGGAAAAACAAGCCAACUACACAUUUUACCAACAAAUUUCAAAAGAAUGUCAGUGUUCAAAAUUAGAAAGAAUCCAGUUUCCAGUACUUCAAUCGACUUCAAAAUUUGCUUCUGAAACUGAUGAAAUUUCAUCAUCAUCAGAAAAAUGUCUAGAUGAUUCUGAAAGUUCAUCUAAAAUGUUAACAUUAAAUUCCCCUAUUGGAAUGUUACCUUCAUAUUCUUCAUGGUCUUUGGUAUGCUUAGGAGCAUCCUCUUUAUAUAGUCACAAUUUAGGUCUGUCGGAAUCGCAUCAUCCAGGUUUUCUUAGUUCCACAAACUACCUACUACCGUGGGAUGUUACUGUAUUCUCGGAAUCAAAACAAAAUUGGCCACAUGUCAACAAAUAUACAAUAAGAGGAAGAAGAGGGCGUUCAUCUGGCAGCUUACCCCAAUUUACUGUUAAAGUAUUUAUUGGUGUUGAAUACGAAUGUUCAUCAGGACACAGAUUUAUGUUGUCAAGUCCAGACAGGAUGUUAAAAGCAAUGUCUGGGGGUAUAGUAAAAGAUACAGGAUACAAAGUGGCUGAAAGUGAUAUGCCCCUUUAUUUCCCAUGUGCCUGUAGAGCUGGUAAAUUGGCUCAGUUGAUGAGGUUGCAUGUUGUAACACCAAAGGCUCCUGUACAUUGUACUUUGAAUCCAAAGGUUCAACCUGCGACUGGUGCUCCUGUUUUCAUACCUACCCUUAAUGGUCCAACGAAAUUGACACAAUCCGCUUACUGGAUCAUGCGACUUCCUUAUGUCUACAUCUCAGAAAAAGAACAUUAUGGUGUGAAUCCAGCUGCUAGAUUAUUACAAGGAGUUUUCGGAGUAACUGAAAUGGAUCAAUGAAUUAAUAGAAUCAUAAAAAAUAACGUAUGAAAUUGUGGACUUAAUUGUGUAUUUAAAUUGAUAAAUUUAAUUGUUGUUUUUAUUAGUUCUCUCCGUGGGACUCUUUAUUAAAAAUAUAAUAUACAAUAGUUAAUCUAAA